UUCAAGUUAAAAAACAUUCUUUGUCUUGCUUGCAUGCAGCACAUUCUUGACAAUUCUGUGCUAGUUUGUAACAGAAGAUAUAUUUUUUAACAAAGAUGGAGAGUUCCCUGUGGCCUCUGGUGAUCUUUCAUAUCAUCGUGGGCAUCGUUGGUUUGCCAGGUAACGCUCUCAUCGUGUUGGUGUAUGGCAGGAAACGACAGAUGACGAGCCCCCAUGUCUUUAUCCUCGCCCUGGCUGUAGCGGAUCUGAUGGUCUGCCUCUUUACUCCCGUAACCGUCUACCAUUGGUACAUCAGACUCAACUACACAAGUGGACUUCUCUGCCGUCUUGUCAUCACUGGGACUUUUGUCACCGUCUACAACUCUUGUUUCUUGACAUCUGCCAUCGCAGUGGACCGGUACCAGGCCAUCUGCCGGCCGCAUCGGCGCUGGAUGACCGUCCGGCGCGCCAAAAUCACGGCGGUGGUCUGCCCAGUUUUGGCGAUACUCAUCAGCGUUCCGGUGUUCGUGUCGUAUGACGUGGCUCCUCAUGCCCAAGAAUCCGACACAGGAGUUUGCACGCUCAGUAAAACAGUACCCAUCUGGGUGACAUACUUAACCACCACGGUAAUUUAUGUGGCAUCCCUGUGCACCCUUGUCACCAACAUAGUUCUUUACGGGAAGAUGUACCGAGCAAUCCGUAAACGAGCCGCCGUGCGACCUGGUCAUGAACGGGCCAAUGGGCCAGCAGAAAGUACGACCGUUUCUCGACCGAUGAGUAAAAACUCACCGUUGUCGACAGGUCAGUCUGAGAUUGAAGUCGCUACAGUUUCCGGUUCAACCUCACAAAAUAUACUAAAGUCGCAACAGCAGGUACACAAAAUGUGCCUCCAUCAGCAGCAGUUGCAAGAACAGCAGCAGCAGCAGCAACAACAACAUCAACUUGCACACCAGCCUGGUCCUAAUGCCUUGACGCCCAUGAUCCUGACGAACGGGUGA